CCACUAACCCAUCUAACAGGCAAGAAGACUGGGAAUACAUCAUCGGAUUCUGUGACCAGAUCAACAAAGAACUUGAAGGGCCACAGAUAGCUGUGAGACUCUUGGCUCAUAAAAUCCAGUCGCCACAGGAAUGGGAGGCAGUCCAAGCCUUGACAGUGCUGGAGGCUUGUAUGAAGAAUUGUGGGAGAAGAUUUCAUAAUGAAGUGGGAAAGUUUCGCUUUUUAAAUGAGUUAAUAAAAGUUGUGUCUCCAAAGUACUUGGGCGACCGGGUCUCAGAGAAAGUAAAGACCAAAGUCAUUGAAUUGCUGUAUAGCUGGACUGUGGCAUUGCCAGAAGAAUCCAAAAUCAAAGAUGCCUACUACAUGCUGAAACGACAAGGGAUCGUUAUGUUUGAUCCUGUGAUUCCUGCAGACAGAACCCUGAUCCCUUCUCCACCGCCUCGUCCCAAAAACCCUGUGUUCGAUGAUGAGGAGAAAUCCAAGCUUCUAGCCAAACUGCUCAAAAGCAAAAACCCAGAUGAUUUACAAGAGGCCAACAAGCUUAUAAAAUCCAUGGUAAAAGAGGAUGAGGCUCGGAUUCAAAAAGUGACAAAACGCAUGCACACACUGGAGGAAGUAAAUAACAACGUGAAGCUGCUGAAUGAGAUGUUGGUUCAUUACAGCAAAGAGGACUCAUCAGAGGCUGAUAGGGAGCUCAUGAAGGAGCUCUAUGAAAGGUGUGAAACCAAAAGACGGACGUUAUUCAAGCUGGCCAGUGAGACAGAAGAUAACGACAGCAGUUUGGGAGAUAUUCUGCAGGCCAGUGACAAUUUAUCUCGUGUGAUAAAUUCCUAUAAAAAAAUAAUAGAGGGGCAAGUGAUCAAUGGUGAAGUGGAUCUCCCUGUGAUGUCUGGAGUGGAAGGGAGUAACUCCACAAGUAAUCUCAACACCCUCAUUGACCUUGCUGGAUUGGAUGUCACCAGCACCCCACCACCUCCAAUGCCUCCCACCACCCUGACGCCAGCCCCCACAGUAGCCCCAGCCCCAGCGGAAAUCCCUGUUCUCCCAAAGCCUCCCCAGACAUUCACGCAGUUGCGGAGCAAUUCCUCUGGCCAAGUGGAAGCCGCACCCACUCAGCAGAGCAGCACGGCCAACUCCCUCUCCUUGCUGGAUGAGGAGCUUCUGUGCUUAGGCCUGAAUGACCCAGCUCCUGCAGCAGUGAAGGAGACCUCAGAAAACAACCAGUGGAGCAUGUUUGAGAAUGACCAGUUGGACCUGGAUUUCUUUAAUCCGAAGAUGAUGACUGUUGCUUGCAACUCUGCAGGGAACCCUCUUCUCCAUCACACAUCACAGACCACGUGUGGGACAUCAGUGACGUUGCCCUCUGCUUUCACAGCCUCUCAGACUGCUCCCAGCAUCCCAGCACCAAACCCAGCACCGUUUGUAUUCUCUGCUGGACCGGCUGCCCCUGCAGGGCCUCCUAAGACUAUUCCAGCUGCUCCUGGGUACUUCAGCUCAUCUGUGGGGAGCAGUAUGUCACAUAAGACGGAUGCACUGGGACAACUCCUUGAAGAAGCCAAAGGGACUGCCACCCAAGGCAUGGCGGCACCCUCAGUGUUCCCUGGGGUUACUUUGCCAACCACUGUCACCUCUGCUCCAUUAAUAGCACCUGCAGGGCUGCCAGCCACUGCUCCUGGAGCCCCUCCAGUUCCUUUCCCAAGCAGCUGCACUGCUGGCUCAGGAAGUCCUCUCUUCCAGCCGGCAUCAUUCCAGCAACAAGGCAGUCCCAUAAAAGCACCUGAAAUUUCUUUGGCCAAUGUCCAUGUUCCCUUGGAAUCCAUUAAACCCAGCAGUGCCCUCCCAGUGACAGCCUAUGACAAGAAUGGCUUCCGAAUCCUCUUGCACUUUGCCAGAGAGUGCCCACCGGGAAGGUCGGAUGUGCUAGUCGUGGUAGUGUCAAUGCUGAACACGGCACCGCUUCCUGUGAAGAACAUCGUGCUGCAGGCUGCGGUGCCAAAGUCCAUGAAAGUGAAGUUACAACCACCCUCUGGCACAGAGCUGUCUCCAUUCAAUCCCAUACAGCCGCCUGCUGCCAUCACCCAAGUCAUGCUUCUGGCAAACCCUGCAAAGGAGAAAGUGAGGCUGAGAUACAGACUGACCUUCACACUGGGAGACCAGCCCAGCACAGAGGUUGGCGAAGUGGAUCAAUUUCCCCCGGUAGAGCAGUGGGGGAAUCUAUGACCUUAGGACACUGCCAGAGACUCUGGGACAGGACCAGGGAAGGAUCCCACAGGACUGGAAUGAAUGUGAUGCGGGGAGGGACACACAUGCUAUCCACUGGUGAUGUUCAGCUUCGUUUACAUGUCCUGACCACUCUGCUUGUAGCUUUAGUCCAGAAUGUUUUGCCCCGUAUUGAAGGGGUCCUGGGACAUUUACGCCAAGCAUGAACGGAGUGGCAGCCACAGUAACAGGCAGUGCUGGCUGCUUUUAUCUUGACCUCUGGGUGAAUCUGGUUCUAUCUUCCACUCUAUUAAACUUGAAGUUACUGUAUUUUGAGGGGAGACCUGUCAGCAGGAGGGGAUUUAGUUGGCUUGUUCCUGUGCUGCUGUCCAGAGAUACCUACAGGCUGGUGGGGUGAUGAUGCCACCGUGAGCUUCCUCAAUGCAGAGCCCUUACUCAUGCCCUCCCUCAGACUUUUACCUCCUCAGUGCCAGUCUGGACGUGCUAAGCAUGCUGAGCAAUAACGCUGGCUCCAUGAGGGAAUGCUU